UAAAUGAUUUAGAUGUUAGAUUCAUUCAAUCUAUAUCUUGAAUAGUGAAGAAGCUUUACAGGUCCAGGUAUUCAUUCCUCUAGUUCAAGUACUUUUUGUCGAGUAGCCUGGUUUUCAGCUCACGAUAAUAACUUGCAUUACCAAAUUAAUUAGGAUUUGAUGACCCAUAAGAACUGUGGGACAUUGACACAGAGAAAUCUUGGAACACAUUUCCUCUUAUUUAUUUUCCUUGUUUUGUGACUGUUCUAGAGUGGUGAUGAAACCAUCUAACCUCAUGUGAGCUUGAUUUAAUGGCAAGAACAGACUGGCUGAAAAUCAAGUCCUAAAAACUUUAACCAAUUAUACCUAGACAAGUCAUCAACCUGAGUGUGCCCAUCUACUCAUCAUCACUCCAGUUUCUUUACAAUUGUUGCACAAACAUGAUAGUACUUGGAAACAAUUUAAAGGGAAGUGAAAAUACAUCCACUAGAGUCUGCUAGAUUUGGCAAAAAGGCAUGGCUUGCAGGCCGAGGUUCUAUUUAUGGUAAGUGGUGACUAAAACAUAUGGGGCAUUUUGCUGGGGUAGCCUCCAAUGGGAUUUUCAGCUACUGCUUCAGAAUUUGAUGGGCCUUGCUGCAACUUUAUUUAUCAGUACUCCUCUCUUUUUAAGACCCAAAACCCACCUCUAUAUCAUCGUCACACAUCUCUAGUAUGGGUUUGUGUUUCUUUUUAUCUUGCUAGGUCUCGCUGAAUCAGAAAGAAUUAAAACAUGGAGAGGAACAGUUUGAGCAACAGCUUGAAAGACCAUAGUAUUGGCAAUAGAGCCAGCAGCAGCAACAACAACAACAACAUCCAGAACAAUAAAAACAAGCUUAAAUAUUCAUGGAACUAUAACAGCCAGAGCUGUGGAGAAGAUUAUCUUAGUGGGUUUUCAUGGCCUCCAAGAUCUUACACUUGUAGCUUCUGCAAAAGGGAAUUCAGAUCUGCUCAGGCUCUUGGUGGCCACAUGAAUGUUCAUAGGAGAGACAGAGCCAGGUUGAGACAGUCACCUCCAAGGGAUGGUCAAUGUCCUAUUCUCAACCUUAACGUUAACCCUAACCCUAACCCUAGUUUAUCUCCUCCGUUCACGAGCACAUUACCUUCCUCGGCUCCUCCUUCUCUUUCUGCUUUAUCGUCGCCAUCUUUUGCUGCUUCUAGCGAAACCAAGAAAUGGGCUAUUGAUGAUAGCCCAUUUCCUUUAAGCCCAAAAAACUUGGAUUUAACAAAAAUCGGAACGGGAAAAGCUUUCUCUGGUGCCGAGGAAUUUGUUGGUUUCACAAGAGAAGAUGGGUGCAAGUUCUUGAAGAAAGCUGAGGUUAUAAGGUUAGAUUUGGAAAUUGGUCUUCUUAGUGACGCCAAAGAGGAUUUGGACUUGGAACUUCGAUUGGGAUACUCUUAGAAGAAGUUUAAUUUGCAGCUUUAUUCGGCACCAGCUAACCCGUAUGUACGUAUUCCUAAAGUUGGAAGCCUCUUUGGGGUGGUUGCACCAGUUCGUGAUCAUUAUAAGCGGCAUUCUGUGUAGAAAUCAACUUAAUCAUGAAGAAUAUAUAUAUAUAUAUAAACUAGGAAGUGUUUUUCAGAUUUUAGAACCAAAGGUGUUCAUGAUCCAAUGCCUGUGGAGCCCCAGGACAUGGACUACAUUUGGCAUGUAAUUUUCUGUUAUCCAGUUUCCUUUGCCCAGUAUUAUAUAUAUAUCAACUACGUUUGUUUAGGUUUCUUGUCAGUCGAGA